AUUUUGUAUCACCUCAAGUUUUUCAACUUGUUUAUUAAUUUCCAACAUUGUACGCGCAAGACUUCAAGCCCCCGUGGCUAAGCCACUCUGAGUCAAAGUUGCGCGAAUAUAUCCCCUAGAAACCCCCCACGUCUUUGCCCUGUCUUGGGAGAGCUGAGAGGUUUCAUCAGCUGACAGGGUGGCCUGAUGACCUAACAUCCACUACCCAGAAUCCUGGAUGAACACAUUGUAACGGUAGAAAAUAACGUGCACUGCCAAUUAUUAUUUUUUAAACUUUACUUUUUCAUCCUGGAGUCGAUAUAUAUGUCAAGACUCCAUCGACGUCUUCCUCCGUCAACUAACAUGGAAGAAGACACGAUAACGAGUAGCCAGGCACCACUGCUAGGUCAGGGGUCGGGUAGCGACGACAGUGGUAUUACCCGAAGAGAUUCGUAUGGAUCUACUACAUCCAGCAAAGAUGAUGUGAUAGUCAACAUCGACCCAACGGGUGAUGGAGCAAGUAUCGAUAUCCAGGAUGGCGUCAAGCAGGCCGAUGCCAUCAAUCAAGUUUGGUCAAGAGCUGUGCUCAUUCUGGCAUAUUUCUUGUGAGUCGUGAUCGUGACAUCAAUAAUUGUUACCUACGCAUUCAACGAUCGAUAUCGCGGUUUUUAGCUGAUGGUUUAUCGUAUCCCUAGCAUUUUCCUUUGCUCGUUUGCGAAUACUCUUCAAUACCAAGUUAUGUCGAAUUUGCAGCCCUAUGUCGUCAGCGAAUUCAGUGCGCAUUCUUUAAUACCCACCAUUGGAAUAAUAGCGUCCAUCAUGAGCGGCAUUUUAAAACUGCCCAUAGCCAAGCUGAUCGACUCCUGGGGCCGUCCGCAGGGUCUCGCGUGCGUAAUCGCGCUUGCGACCUUGGGACUUAUUCUCAUGGCCGCGAGCCAGAAUGUCCGGACAUACGCAGCAGCCGAGGUAAUCUACCAAGUCGGUAUCAGCGGUUUUACCUAUGUCCUCGACAUCAUCAUUGCCGAUACUUCAUCGCUUAAGGACCGAACGCUUGCGUUUGCAUUCAACUCUUCACCUACAUUGAUCACCACAUUUCUCGGUCCGGUGGUAGCCAACGCGUUCCUCAAAGGCAGCGGUUGGAGAUGGGCAUUUGGCCUUUCUGCGGUGUUGUUUGUUGUGCUUUCUUUGCCGGUUCUGUCCAUUUUGAUCAUCAAUGCGCGAAAGGCGAGAAAGCUAGGUCUACUUUCGGAGCGCACUAGGAGUGGCCCGUGGACUAUAUCGAAAUUACGCCAAGGACUGAUUGAUAUUGAUGCUUUAGGAAUGUUCCUUGCCGCCGCCGGCUUAACUCUAAUAUUAGUUCCAUUUUCGCUACACGGUUCUGCGGUAAACAACGCGGUCGCCAUUACGCCUAUAUUCGGAGUCCUGUUUCUUGUCGCGUUUGCUGCUCACGAGCGUAAAACGAAACGGCCGUUUGUACGAUUCUCGCUCCUAUUCUCCCGUAACGUGGCGGGGGCUUUCCUAUUAUCCGUCGUAAUAUUUAUUGCUUAUUUCGCAUGGGACGGCUAUUAUACAUCGUAUUUACAGGUUGUGCAUAACUUAACCCUCGAACACGCCGGAUACAUAGGCCAUAUUUACGGCCUUGGUUCGUGCAUUUGGGCCGUGGUCGUGGGGUAUUUAAUCCGGCGGACAGACAGAUUCAAGUGGCUAGCUUUAGCUGCUUUACCGGUGCAUCUUUUAGGCGGCGCAUUAAUGAUUAUCUUCCGCCAGCCCGACACGAAUAUCGCAUGGGUCAUUAUGUGUCAAAUUCUUAUCACGAUCGGAGGUAGUACGCUGGUUAUGUGCGAACAGAUAGCAGUGAUGGGCAUCGCAGACCACUCAGACCUAGCCUCUAUCAUGGCUAUCCUGGGUCUUGCGUACUACACGGGCUCAGCAAUAGGGAGCUCGCUCAGCGGUGCCAUCUGGAACACGACACUCCCAACGGAGCUUGCUAGGCUCUUACCCGAGGUCCCUCCUGACGAACUAGCGCUAAUCGGGUCUGAUCUAAGGAGACAACUAAGCUACCCUAUGGGCAGCGCGAUGCGAAGCGCUAUUAUUACUGCAUACGGAAUAGCCCAGUCCCGGAUGUGUAUCACGGGGACCCUCAUAUCGCUUUUUGAAAUCCUCGCGGUGGGGAUCUGGCAAGAUGUUAGGGUAAGCCAGUCCAAGCAGGUUAAGGGGACUGUACUUUGAUGAUAGUACAUAUGUACGGGCUAUAUAUGAUACCCAAAUACACUAGAGUUCAUCUUGGUGGUUGGUGCAUUAGAACUUGGCAUAUCUGGCAAUUUAGCGUAUUACAAUUACAGGCGUUGGAGCGAGUUUGCAUAGGCAUGAUCUCUAUGAUAGGAUACGGAAUUUAGACCGACAUCAAGAAUAUAGACGAGUUCGUUUUCCUGCAUACUAUGUAUGUAGAAUACCUGACUAGCCCCCCAAUGAAACAAUUCAGGAUAACAUUAUGACGCGUAACAAAUUAGUAGGCCGAA